AUGGCCCAUAUUGUGCUGGAGAUCAAAACCUCUCCCAACUGCCUGCUCUCUGUGAGAGUCAUACGAGCCAGGAACAUCACCUCGAAAGACCUCUUCACUGUAUCUGAUUGCUACGUGAGCCUGUGGCUGCCAACAGCUUCAAAUAAAAAGGUCAAGACCAAAACCAUCAAGAAAACUGAUGAUCCUGUCUGGAAUGAGACCUUUUACUUCAGGAUCCAGAAUGAGGUCAAGAAUAUCCUAGAAUUGACAGUCUAUGAUGACGAUUCACUCACCAAAGAUGACGCACAAUUCACUGUUAUGUUUGAUGUUGCUAAAGUCAGGCCUGGAGAGGUAGCCUAUGAGAUAUUCUCUUUGAAAUCAGAGUCUUCACCCCCAUUAGUAGAUUUCUUUAUCAUCCAUUCUUUCACUGAUUGUCACUCACAGUCGCGUGAAGUUUGCUGCUUAGAAGUUCAGGUGGACAAGGAGGAGAAUAAAAAGUAUUUGAAAGAGAAUAAAAAUGUUGUGCUUACGGUGGAUGCAUCAUAUGAAGGAACACAGAAAACCACUACGGACUCGGAUACUUUCCGCUUUCACUGCAUAAAGAGUUGGGAGCCAAUACUAAAAGCCAGGCUGCAGUGUGUUUCAGAUACAGAAGAGAAUAAAGACAAUUCAGAUGACCCCUUAACAAUACCCUUGACAUUACUUGCUGUGGGACAGAAAGUGAAAGUAGGCCUUCCUGUAGAAAAGGGUACAAAGUUGGAGCUGCAGGUCCAAGUAAAUGAUUGCCCAGAAAGUCUAGAUGUGCGUUUAGGGUACAAUCUGUGUGAAGAGGAGCAAGAUUUCUUGCAGAAAAGGAAGAAGGUGGUUGCUAGUGCCUUGAAAAAGGUUCUUCAGCUGAGGAGAGAUCUGCAUGAGCAUGAGAUCCCAGUGAUAGCUGUCAUGGCAACAGGAGGAAGUGUCAGGGCAAUGUCAGCAAUGUAUGGCCACCUCUUAGGUCUCCAGAAGCUGAAUCUCUUGGACUGUGCUACCUAUCUCACUGGUACUUCUGGCUCAACAUGGACCAUGACCAACCUGUACAAAAAUGCCGACUGGUCACAGAAAACUCUGGAAGGGCCAAUCAGUCUAGCAAAGAAACAGGUGAUGAAGUGCAAGAUGAAUGUUAUUUCCAUGGAGCAUCUUAAAUAUUAUCACAAAGAGAUGAUUAAGAGGGCAAAAGGAGGACAUAUCUCAUCUUUUACAGAGCUGUGGUCACUUGUUCAGGAAGCGUUUUUACAUGAUGAGCCAGAGGAGAGUAAACUCUCAGACCAGCGCAAGGCUGUGGAUCAGGGUCAGAAUCCCUUGCCUCUCUAUGCAAUCCUCAAUGUCAAAGCGGAACAAAUCAGCACUUUUAAAUUUAGAGAAUGGGUGGAGUUCUCACCUUACGAGGUGGGAUUCCAGAAAUACGGAGCCUUCAUUCGAUCAGAAAAUUUUGACAGUGAGUUCUUCAUGGGGAGGUUGGUGAAGAAACUCCCAGAGUCUCGGAUCUGCUUUCUGGAAGGUAUCUGGACUAAUGUUUUUACUCGGAAUUUGCUGGAUUGCUUAUACUGGUCCUCAAAUUCAGAUGAAUUCUGGGACCACUGGGCCAAAGACAUGGUAGAUAUGGGUAGAGAAAAUAAUGCUUCUGAUGACUCUUCCAUUGUCAUCAAGUCUCCAUGUUCCAUAUCAGGGAACCUUUGCGAAAUCUUUAAUGACAUUCUAACCACCCGCCCACUACUGGAAGAGACUCAUAACUUCUUGAGAGGCCUAGAAUUUUACAAGGACUAUCUCCAACAGAAAGGAUUUAUUGAAUGGAAAGACACUGUGCUGGAUAUAUCCCCUAACAAACUGACUCCACGGGAGAAACAUCUCUGCCUAAUAGAUGUUGGCUAUUUCAUUAACACCAGUUGCCCACCGCUUCUCAAGCCAGAGAGGAACGUGGAUGUCAUCAUCUCACUUGAUUACUCGAUGGGCAAUAUGUUCCAGCAAUUAGAGAUAACAUACAGAUAUUGCAAAACACAAGGAAUCCCAUUCCCCAAAAUUGAGCUGAGUGAGGAAGACAAGAAGAAUCCCAAGGAAUGUUACGUGUUUUCAGAGGCAGAGAACCCCAGAGCUCCCACAGUGCUCCACUUCCCAUUGGUGAACAACACUUUCAAGGACUACAAGGAACCUGGGGUGAAGCGCAGUCCCUUGGAGAUGAAGGAUGGUGAUAUAAAUUUGACCAACAAUAACUCACCAUAUUAUUUUACAAAACUGGUGUACUCUGCAGAAGACUUUGACAAACUGGUAAAUCUGAGUAGCUACAACAUCCUCAAUAACAAAGACCUGAUUCUACAGUCCAUCCAGAGGGCUAUGGCAUGGAGGAGAACCAGCAUGAGUGGACGUUUACCCACCGGUUCUGAAGUUCAAUCUGCCUAG